CAGCAGAGCCGCUGGCGUGCUUUCAGGAUCUUACCAGCAACAGCGUUUCUUACGAUCUUCUGCGAUCGGGAAGGAUGCAGGCAGGGAAAAGAUUUCCGCGCACCAAAUAGAAAAAGCCGGCGUGAUUCUGGAAGACUACUUUCGCCGUUUUCCUGUCGCGACGGUUGCAACUUGCGAACGGACGCUGCGGCAGGUGGUGGCGGUGUUGCAGCUAAAUAGUACGAAUUACGCACGCGGGAUGUUGUACAGUACAGAAACAGAAACGCAAGUUCUGCAGAACGUUGCACUUUUGGAUGAAGUUCAGAAGUUGCCGGAGUUUCUGUUGCGCGUGAAACUCUUACUUGAGCAGGAGGUUUUGCAGGAAAGACCAUCUGCAAGUUCAUCAUCGAGGAACAAUGCCGUCGCCCCGCAGGCCGUGCCCUUUCUCCGCGGGUUGAUACCCUUGCUCACCAUCACGAGACAACUAGACGGGCCGUGGGCGCAGAUUUUGGGAGCAUUGCUGCUGCGGUACGUUGGAAGUAAUCAUGCGCCGCAAACGAAUUUUUCCGCAGCAGCAGGUGGCCCGAUUGUGGAUGUUCUAGGUUUUCGAUCUCAGGAAGUUCUAGAUCUCAUUGAGGCAACGAAGCUGUUUCACAGUACAACUGCAACGGAGAGGACAAAAGACCAUCAAGUCCGUGACGCGUUUGUCGAAAGCCUGCUGCGGCCCUGGGACGCGAAACUGAUCGAGUACUUUGCAGCGGCCGACGGCUCGUCGUCUUCUAGGAAGGGUAAAGGAUUUCAAUCUUCUGCACAACCGCCACGGCCGCAAGAUCUCCUGCGACACUUUUCCUCCGUGAUGACAAAGUCAAAGAAUGACCACGAAACUUUAUUGAACGCGGCGGCGUUUUUGAAGAAACAGAUGACAUUCUUUCACCAUCCUGCAUUUGUGGCGAAGUUGGAAAAAUCUCUCUUUGAAAAGGGUGCCGAGGCGGAGGAGCUGCUCGUCGUACUGGAUGCGUAUAACAGCAACGGCGUGAGUUCAAAGGCGGCGCAGGUCGUCGAAACUAUUUUCCAAGCUUUGAACGGAAGCGAUCUGGAUUGCUUGCUUGAUUUUGGCUCCGCGAUUUCUACUACGUCCGGGACGACCACAAUAGCGCCGCUUCGGAUUGUUCUAGACCACGCCAUCAGACAAGGAAGCUUGUGGUCGACGGAAUUGCUAGAUACCGUCGCGGAUGGGGUGCUGCGAAAUUUGACGAAGCCUUUGGAGCUGCUUAGCCGCGUUCGAUGCGGCGAAGAUCAAGCAAGGACAACAAUCGAAGAGCGACUACUGGAACACGCGACAGCAGCGGCAGUUGACUUCUACUGGUCUCUUCUGGUGCAGCAGAACCUGCAGCACAGCCCGGCGCUGACCUCGGCGGGCACGUUCCUGGAGGUUU